GCAUGUAGCCUCUGUCCUAUAGGGUGGGAGGUUCAUUAAGGAGUGAGGGUCAGGUUUGUAUCUGUAUAUGGAAAGAUUGUGUGGAGGAUGAAAUGCAUCAAGGGGAAUUAGGAGAAAGGAAUCCAUUAAAGUAGUCAGCUGGAGACACAAUGAGGGCUUGAAUGUCAGAUACUAAGAUGGUGGCGUGGUGAUGGAGGAAAGGGAACAUGUUGGGAUCAGAAGAGCUGAGUCCCCCUGCAUGUUGAAGUUGAGAGGGGAUAGAAUCAAAUCUGAGCAUUUCCUGUCCUCAUCCUUCCCACUGCAGUUCUGGGCUGCCAGGGGUGGAGAUUCAAUCUCCUUAUAGACGGAAAACAGUCUCUGCAGAAGCAGAAUUGCCUCCUUUGGUCGAUUUGCUGACAGCUAGAGACAGGUGUUUGAAUCCAACCUGCAAGGACUGUCUCCUCUCUGUGCCUGUCCACUGGCCUUAUCAUUUCUACAUUUCCAGAAGCGUCUCAGGACAGAAGUCAGGCUGCUCAGACACUGUUUAGGGAGAUUCUGGUUUGAGUAUUCAAACUUGAAGUAAGUGAAAAGUGCCAAAGACAAGAAGCUACCAAAGAAAGAAGCCUUUAGUGGUGUCCCAAUAUUCCCUGGUUUCCCAGAGGACCCCUCGGGGCGCUAAGUACUAGUUGAUCUGUCCUAGGUGGGGUUGACUGGGAAAGGUGAGUUCACUGUGAACAGUGGGGAACAUUGGCCAGCUUGAAGGGGAGGAGGCCAUCCUUCCCUGAAGUCUGAAGUCUCUGGGGAGCCAGGCCAAGACAGAGUGGCAGCACAGGGUGAUGGUUGACUGAUACCUAAUCAUAGAACACACUGUUGCCAUUUUCGAAAUGUACUGGUCUUGUAUCCUCUUCCCCUUGUCAGUGCCAGACAUGGUAGUAAACUUUCUUUUGGGCGUCUGUUUUUCCACUUGCAUAAUACCCCUGAUCUUCAGAUGGUUGCUUCUUGCUCGGUCAGGCUGGAGAUCUGUUGAUCAGGUUCUGGCUUUAUUUGGGCUGCAUUCUUUGUGAAGAGGCAGCUGAGUUACCUGUGUGGAUCAGACUGCUUCCCUGCUUCAUCAGUCACAACCCAUCUCUAUCAGCAAGUCACCUUGCAUAGACUCAGCUCACCUACUUUCUGCUUGAUGCUUUUCCUUUCCUUCAAAGAGGUGACCUUUUGUCUUUGUUCUAAGGGCACCUUUCCCUGGCACUCUAACUGUGAGGUGUUACAAGCAUCUACUGAGUUCAUCUUGUAUGGUAGGAGCACUUGCCAGACAGAGCACAUGUUUUAAUUGGAGAAGAGCAUUCUUGCCUGCAGAUAUUAGCUGUUACGCUUACCUCUUGAACAUUAUGUCCUAGGCAAAGCCUUGAUGCUGUUUUUGUUUCAUGUUUGUGUGUGUGUGUGUGUGUGUGUGUGUGUGUGUGGUGUGUGUGUUUCAAUUCUUACUGGGAUGCAAAAAGAUAUUUAUCAAAUGUUUAAAUCUACAGUAGUGCCACUGCUCUGGCAGGCAGAAAGAAUAAAUACAUAUCUAGCCAGGAUACCACUGAUUUGUCUUCUCUUUCCCACGUUGUUGCUGUUUUGUUGGCAGGACCAUCUGAUUCGUGUACUGGCGCAGUUUCGAUUUUAGUAGUGAGUGUGAAAAGAUUCCUGGGCUGCUUGCCGAAGCGAAGGGACUCCAGUGAGUGGGCUUCGGGGCUGCCGGUCUUGACUCCAGAAACCAGUGCUCUGUCUCUGUCAGGAAGGGCAGGCCGAGGGAGCUUGCCUGGGAGGGCUGUUGGUGACAGUGAGAAACCUCCCCUCUGAUGCCCGUUCCCCUCAGCAUGUUGCUGGUGUUGGAACCCAGGGCUUUGUGCAUGCUAGGCGAGUGCUGUACUGCAGAGCUAUAUCUCCAGCCCAAGAACUCUCUUAAUCUCAGUCUUGAUUUUCCUCAUUCAGUUGGGUUGAGAGUCAGGAAGGCCCCAGAACCGAUGCAGUUUGGGGACAGCAGGUUCAGGAUAGGAUGGGCAGCAGCUUCUCCGUAGGUCUCACCAUAAAAGUUUUCCUGGCAUCCUACAUUUCCCUCCCUUUCUAUUGAUCCCAGUCCCAUCACUGGGAGCUUAGAAUUGGGAUUGAACCUUAUCAGCCAGCCUUGUUGACUGUAGAGUGAGGCAUGGAAACCGUUUAGGGUUGGGUCAGCAGUUUCACAUCUGCAUAAGAACUCUGUUUUGGUGGUCGUGUUUACAGUCAGUUCACUUGAUUUCUGGUAAAUUAUAUAGACAGUAUGUGAAUACAUUCUCCUGCACCCCACCUUCCCAUUCAGUCAGUGUAGAAGUGUGAAGUGGACUUCUCAAGCCUUCUGUCCAGCACCUCUCCCCCAGGCCACACCACCUGCUGGGUCCUCAGGAGUAAGUAGUCUUAGCAUUUGGAUGUGUACCCUGAAACUGUCAGCUCACAUAGACAGGCUGUAUAGUUAGACUGUAUAGGCAGCCUGCAUAAAAGAAAGUUUUUUCUUUCUUUUAUAAGCUUAAAUCUGAUCACAUGUGUUCUACUACUUGCUUUGUUCAUGUAACACACUUUAGAGAUCUUUUCAUGUAUGUAGCUUUUCUUUGUUCUUUUAUUUUUCUACAAAAUAUGUUAUAGGUAUAUCAUAAUUUAUGAAUUGGUUUCCUUUUGAUGGACAGAUAUAUAAGUUAAUUCUUUAAAUUGUGAUGUUCUCUUCACACAGAAACACCUGUGUUUCUCUAGGAGUAGAACUGGUUUGUCCAGUGUUGCAUUCAUUUAACAUGCUGCCGUAGUACUUUUACUGUGCUCCUGGGAGAUGUGCUGCUUUCAACUACCAAUCGCGUAUGAGACUGCCCGUUUCCCCACUGGUGGCCAUUCUCCUGAAUGAAAUAGUUUGUGUUUGGUAGGCAUUUUGUUGAUUGUUGGUAAAGUUGUGACACUCAUCAUUCAGCCUCUGGAUCUUAGUGGUGAGAUCCUAGACUUUCAGUGACUGUAGAACAAGCCCACAGGACCUUGUCUCUGCUCUGGUCGAUGUGAGCCCCUGGAAGCAAGUGCUUCUGGUUGCACAUGCACAUUCUCUCCACUUCUCCCAGAAGCUAGGUACAGUGAUAGAACACUUUAAUUUUGGUGUAACAUGCCAGAGAGUUUCUCUGAAUCUCUCCCCUGAGGAACCAGGAGUGUGUAAGUACUAGUCAGUACUAAUGUGCCCAGCACUGCUGAGGCAGGGAUUCGGGAUUGGGAGGUGACUGGGAGAAUGUUUAGAUACCAUGAGCCAGAAAACCAGAUGCUGUUGUUUCUGGGAAGCCUGUGAGAAUGUGGUGAGGUGAGAUUCUGUAUGAGGCAGGUCUUUCCUUCUAACUGUGUGGCCAUAACCCUUCUGGCUUGUGCAGUGAGGUCACUGAAGUGCAGAGGGGUAAAGUAGAUGAUUUUCUUGGGCCAGACAAGGCUGGGAUUCAGCCUUGGGCCCGCCUGCCUCCAAAGCUUAUGUUUUUAUGUUCCUAAUAGUGCUGGCCCCGAGAUGAUAUCCAUCAUUCCAUGGUUUCAUUCUCCUGGUCACCUGUAUUUGCAUCAGUGUGUGUGUGCAUGGAUGUUUGUGAACGAUGGCAAGCUCGUUUUGCAACCCUGAUGUAUUUGCUCACCCAGCCAGAUGUCCGAGGCCUGCAGGUUGAAUGGGGAGAAGGCUAUACCCAAGACCUGCAUAGCAACACAGUGCAGGGGUCCAGAUGAGGAAAAUGAAACCUUGCUGUUGGGAGCCGAGCUGGGUGGGUGAGCCUAGGAGCACCCAGAGCACCCAGAAAGGAUGCAGCAGGACUGGGGCAGACGUGGUAGCCUGUAGAGUCAGGUACACGGGCCUGUAACACGAGUCUGGAUGAUGUAUGUAAAAGUUAACUAUACAAAUGAGAUAGCCAUAGCCUGUGGUGUGAGAGAGAUUCCAGAGUAGUGUGUGACGAGUGCCAGAGGGAUGGCCCUAACAGGAAGUCAGCAGAAUGGAGACUUCACCUUGACUCUGGAGGUCUGAGAGGCUUCUCAGAAGCAGAACAAAUUGAAACAAACCUUGCUUACCCCUUAGAGAACAGGGGAAUUCAGUUUUUAAUCCACCUUGCACUUGACAGGUAAGGAUACUUGAGACCCCAGGGAUGAGGUACCUUGUUCAAGGUCGUGGUCCUUGUGAAUGGGAGCCACGCCUGGAUCCUGCCCCUCUGUCCCACCCCACCACAUAUGUGCUUAGUUAUUGCUGCUGUAGCAGUUCUCCUGGGAGCUAGCUGGUACUUAUCACCUAUAUUAUGGGCCAAAUGAACGAACAAGGUCCCAAUUCAGUUUUUUACCUGACUCGUCUGUCUGAGUGAAGUUAGAGUGUCAGCUUCUCAGUUUGGCCUUGGGUAGAGUAAGUGUAACACCCCUGCUUCCCUUCUAAGUAGAUGUUGAUUCACUCAGGAAAUAUUUACAGUGUCCACCAGGUGCCAGUUACUGUUCUUGGUACUGGGGAUUGUGCAAUGAAUGAAAGAGGCCAAAAUCCUUGUUAGGCUAUUUUCUAGUGAGGGUGACAGACACUAAUGAAUACGUACUGUGUAUGCUCGUGCCCUAGGAGUGUGGUAACAAAACAGAAGUGUGUUCUACCCCAGUUCUGGAGGCUCUGAAGGGCCUGUUACCUGCUUCUUUCUGAGCUUCUGGUAGUUGCUGGCACUUUUUGGUGCUCCUGACUUGUGACAGCAUAGGUUUUGUGUCUGUCUUUGCUGUCACAUGCCAUUACUUGGGGCUUCCCAUGUGUCUGUGUAUUAGGGUUCUCCAGAGACACACAACUAAUAGGAGACCGGUGUUAGAGCAUGACUCACUGUAUUAGGGUUCUCCUGAGAAGCAGAACAAAUCAGGGUGUGUGUUUGUGUGUACAUGAAGAGAUUUGUUGUAAGGUUUUGGCUCGUGUGAUUAUGGAGCCUAAGUCCCAGGAUCUGCAGUAGCAAGAUGGAGACCCAGCAGAGCUAAUGGUGUCAGUUCCAGUCCAAGUCUCAGGGUUGAGAAUCAGGAGAGUGGAGGGUAUAAGUUCUGGUCUGACAGCUGUCAGUUUUAAGAUACUAAGAGAGCCAGUUUUUUGGUUUAAGUCCAAAGGCAGGACAAGACCAGUGCAGCAGCUCAAACUAGUCAAUCAAGAGGACUUAGUUCCCUCUUAUCCAAAAUGUUUGUUCUGUCAGGUCUUCAUUUGAUUAAUGAAGUUCACCAACGUUAGCCAGGACAAUCUGCUUUACUUUACUCAAUCUACCAAUGCAAAAUUUCAUAUUAUCUAGGAUCCCUCCCCCAACACAGAAUUGAUGGCUAAAUAUCUGGGCUUGUUGAUAAGUAAAAUUAUCCGUCACACUCAUCUUAACCAAUUGUAUAUGCAAAGAUCCUAUUUCCAAAUAAGGUCACGUUCUGAAGUUCCAGAUGGAUAUGAGUUUUUUGGGAUACUGUCAAACCCGGGAGUAUGUGAGAUGAGGCAAAGGGGGAAGGUGAGGUGUUGGAAGGUAGCCAAGGAAGGCCUUGCUGAGAAGGAGGUGUUCAAGCUUCAGUGAGGGGGAGGGGUGAGAGGAAGGCAUGUUCUGGGGGAGGUUCUGAAUGGAGAAGAAGGGUCAGCAAAUUGCAGAGGCUCUGAGGUGGGUUCAUGUGCCAACAAAUGGCAUAGGGCCAGGGUGGUUAAGGAGCAAUGUGUGUAAGUGGGGAUAUGUGAGGGGAUUGAGGAUCAAGGAGGUCCUUGCCUGUUUUUGUGAAGACUUUGUUCUAGUAGGCCUGGAGCCACCCUUGUGGCUUUGAGCACAAUAUGAGAGCAAGAUAGUGUAAACCAACUGAAUUUUUCUAAGCUUAAUGGCCAUGCCAUCCGUGUGUGUGUGUGUGUGUGUGUGUGUGUGUGUGUGUGUGUACCUAGAUAUUUUGCAGCAGUUAUUUCGAGGUUUUUAAAAAAUGUAGUGCUCUCUUGACUAUUGAUCCACCAUCCUUUCUGUCUGUUCUCUUUCCUUCCAGAUGCCUUUCACCCCAUAAACCACAUGCCUGGAGAAGGAGACAGUAGACAGGAGUUACUCAAGUCACCUUUACUGGAAAUCAGUUUGCUGAAAUUAUUGAAACAGCGGUUCUUGAGUUUGAGAAAAAGAAGGAGCCUUAUACCCAGAUGGAACAUCUGGCAGGAACAAGGAUGAUGACAUGGUUCCUCCUGGCAAAAACUAUACCUACGUCUGGCCAGUGAGAGAGGAAUAUGCACCUGCUCCUGCAGAUGCCAACUGCCUGACCUGGGUAUACCAUUCACACAUCGAUGCCCCUGGGCUAAUUGGACCCUUGCUGGUGUGUAAGGAAGAUAAGCUGAACAGAUAUUCAGGGACAAGGACUGAUGUGGAUAGAGAAUUCAUUAUAAUGUUUACUCUCGUGGAUGAGAAUCAAAGCUGGUACCUUGAUGAAAAUAGCAGACAUUUCUGCACUGACCCAGAUUCAGUAGGCAAAGAUGAUGCUGUAUUCCAGAGAAGCAACAAAAUGCAUGCCCUCAGUGGAUUCCUUUUUGGAAACUUUCCCGAGCCUGAAAUGUGUGUUGGUGAAUCUGUGUCCUGGCAUCUGUUUGGAAUGGGGAAUGAGAUUGACAUCCAUUCCAUCUGUUUUUAUGGUAACACCUUCAUCAGCAGAGGGCAUCGGGCUGAUGUUGUCAACCUGUUCCCAGCUACCUUCCUCACGGCAGAAAUGAUAGUUGAGAAUUCUGGGAAAUGGAUGAUAACCUGCCAAGUCAGUGACCAUCUACAAGCUGGCAUGCUGGGGCAAUACAAUGUUGGUAACUGCAAAAGUGACAUUCUUCACCCCAAGAUGAAUGGGCAGCAGAGGCGCUACUUUAUAGCAGCUGAAAAAAUUCUUUGGGAUUAUGGCCCUCUAGGUUAUGAUAAAUUCAGCGGUCUUCCCCUAAAUGCCUCUCGCAGGAUACAUAUAGUGGUUUGAUGGGUCCUCUGAUUACAUGCCGAGAAGGAGUAUUGAAUGAAAAGGGAAGAAGAAGUGAUGCUGACUAUGAGUUUGCUCUUUUGUUUUUGGUAUUUAAUGAGAAUGAAUCCUGGUAUCUGGAUGAUAAUAUUAAGAAGUAUCUCAAUAAAGAUCCACGAGAUUUUAAACACACUGAUGAUUUUGAAGAGAGCAACAAAAUGCAUGCCAUUAAUGGGAAGAUUUUUGGAAAUUUCCAUGGCCUCAUAAUGAAUGAAGAUACAAUGACAAACUGGUAUUUGUUAGGAAUAGGAAGUGAAGUAGAUAUACAUACCAUCCAUUACCACGCUGAGAGCUUUCUUUUCAAAGUAAGUAUAAGAAAUAUGCUUUGGGG